AUGCCAGACUCACCAGAUCCUCACCCUCGGAGGCGCCACCGCUCGCCAUCCGGCUCGCCUGCCCCACCUCGCGAUCGCCGCGACCGAGAGCGAGAGCGUGAGCGAGUCCGCGACUCCCACCGUCGCAGGGAACGAAGGGAGCGCGCAACAAGCCCCGGGGACGAGCGAGACCGAGAUCGAGACCGCCACCGCCGUCGACACCGGGACUACGACGAUGACAACUCCCACCGAUCCUCCCACCGCCGCCAUCGCGAUCGCGACACCAGCAAAGACAGAACCAAGCCCACCUCUUCCUCCGGCCGACACCGCGACAGUCCCUCGCGCUCGCGCUCCCGCAGCCCCAACACCACUACCGCCGUCGCCCCAAUCCGCUCCACCAAACCCCUCCCCUCCCAACAAUCCGCCUACACCACCGACCUGAACCCCUCAGACGCCCAACCCCCAGGCGCCGCCGAGAUUGAAAAAGAGAAACCCAACUUCGGCACGACCGGCCGCCUGGCCGCCGAAAGCAACACCGUGACCGUCCCCGGCGGCGGAGGCAACGGCGCCACCACCGUGGUGCUCAAAUACCACGAACCGCCGGAGGCCCGCAAGCCGCCGGCCAAGGACAGCUGGCGGCUGUAUGUGUUCAAGGGGCAGGACCUGCUGGAGAUGGUGGAGCUGAACGUGCGGAGCUGCUGGCUGGUGGGGCGGGAGCACCUCGUCGUAGAUUUCCCCUUGGAGCAUCCGAGCUGCUCGAAGCAGCAUGCGGCGAUCCAGUUCCGGUUCGUCGAGAAGAAGAACGAGUACGGGGAUCGGAUCGGGCGCGUGAAACCUUACGUGAUCGAUCUGGAGAGCGCCAAUGGGACGACGGUCAAUGGGGACAGGAUCCCCGCGGGCCGGUUUGUGGAAAUCAUGGAUAAGGAUGUCUUGCGGUUCGGGCUGAGUUCGAGGGAGUAUGUGCUUAUGUUGACGAAGCCGGAGUAGCUUUGCUAUAGAUUUGGAUAAGGUUCUGAUCGAUUCAGCUUUUCGGAUGUUUGGUGCAAGGCCUGGCGAUUGGGGGUUGGUGG